AUGAAUGUGGUGCAGCAGCUGUUCUCGGCAGUGGAGGAAGGGAACGCAGAGAAGGUGGCGUUCCUUGUCAAGAAACACAGGUGUGUGGAUGCCAGGGAUGCAGUCGGGGCAACGGCACUGCACCACGCUGUCUCAAAUGGCAAGCUGCGUGUUGUACAAGCCCUGCUCCAGGCGGGAGCAAACGUGAACGCUUCCGCAGACAACCCUCAAGUCAGUUUCAAGACAGGUGCCACACCACUUCACUACGCAGCGCGUGCUGGUCGCGUGCCGUGUGUUCGUGCGCUGUGCCGUUUUGGAGCGGAUGUCAACGCCAAGGACGACAAGGGUGUCACUCCUCUUCUCAUGGCAGCAAGAGGCGGGCACUCUGAUGCUGUCAUUGCUUUGCUGGACUUCAAAGCGAAGAUGCUACCUGACGACACGGGUAUCACGCCACUUCACUCGGCCUGCGGGCGCGGCAGUGGUCCCACCAUCCACGCCCUCAUGAAUGCCGGCGCAGACCCCUCUGCCAAAGACAAAUACGGCUAUUCUCCGCUCUUCUGGGCUGCGAGGAACGGGCGCAAGACCGCCGUCCGAACCCUCGCAGAUCACGGCGUCACCCUCGACUUUGACCAAGAUGGCCACACGGCGCUUGACAUUGCACUGCGUUUCCGCCACGCCGAGUGCGCGAACCUGAUCCGAAAACUGUACCCAGAUGCGCAGGAGUGCAGUGCGCCGUGGAGUGGUGGUGACAGCGACACACACGUGCCUGCAGGCACUUCACGAGGCGCCAGCCGUCGCACAUCGUCGUCAAGUCUCGGGCGCAGCAGCUCCGAUGCCACCGCCACAGCAACCACGCUCCCCUCGUUCCUCACAGAGGAGGAGGAGGAGCAGGGGUACAUGGAUGUGACGCAGCCAAAGCGACAACAGGCCGUCAGUGGUGCUCCUUCUGCAAGUGCCACCAGCAAUGAGGUACAGCGCGCCUCUGCACCAGGUGCGAGCGACCAAGCCAGCCUGCCACGCUUUGGUGAAGAGAGCGCAGAUGCCGGCAACGACGCGUACAUCGACGUUGAGGAGGUUUCAUUCGGCUUUUCAGGCAAGCAAUAUGUGGUUCCUGCACCUGCGCCGAAGAGCAAGAGUGGUGAUACAGCAUCGGCAGGUCACGGUGGAGGCGGCGGCGAUAUGGUCGACGCGUACAUUGAUGUUGCUGAUGAGGACCAGGGAGGGGAGGCGGAGACGGUGGCAGGGGCUGCAAAGCAGGGAAAGGGCAAGGGCCUCUCGCGGGCGAGUCGCCGACAGUCGAAGAAGGAGCAGAGGCGCCAAGAGAAAGAGCGCAAGAAGCAGGAGAAACUGCAGCGAAAGGCGUCCAAGAAGGAGGCACGAAGGCAAGAGAAGCAGCAAAAGGCAGACAAGCAGCGACAACAACAACAGGAGGAGGAGGAGGAGGAGGAGGAGGAGAGUCAGCUUAAGGAGCAGCAACAACAGCCAAAAGAGCAACAACAGCAGGAGCAGCAAGGAGAGCCGCAGGCGAAUUCUCCUUCGUCAGUACAGGAGACCCAGCCGGCGCUGGCCACCGGUACGGGUGCUGAUGCUGGCGAUGUGCUGCCACGUUUUGGAAGUCAUGGCCAGGAUGGCGAGCAGACAGAAGAAGAUGGCGGCUACAUUCAGGUCGAAGAUCCACCGCCAGCCACACAAGCAGGAAAAAGCAAGCAUGGUGGGCCCCAGACACAUGUACCCUCUCCACAACAACAACAGCAGCAGCAGCAGCAGCAGCAACGACAAGAGUCUGUGCUGCCGCGCUUCAACGACGCAAGCGAUGAUGGGGAGGAAGUGGCCUUUGGCUUUGAUGGCUCCUACCUCGCCAUUGGCGACUGAAUUCAGUCGCUAGGCAGGACUGCUGAACGU